CACGACACGUAGAAGAGAGUCUUUUAGAGUAAACCCAUCGUCUGUAAUCUUCGGAGUAGUUGUGAAUUACACACAGAGAGGUUGUUGCCAUUUAAUAUCCACCAUACAGAGAGGCUGAAAGUUGAAACCGCGCAUUAUACGACUAUUUUAAAAUUUUAUUAAUACACGUUCGUCGUAAUUAUAGUAAACGCGUCGUCGUCCUGUAAUAACGUUUUCAUUCGAUCGAAAAAAAUUUCCUCUGUGAAGGAAAAUUUUAUUUGUGCUAUUUUUUUCCCUCUAGCUGCGUGUUUUUUUGAAACCCGAAUCGAGAGAUGACGACCGAAUCUAAGAAAAUCUUCGCCGAUGAUGUAGUUAAAGAUGUGCAGAGUACUUGGGCUACCAUCAAUAGUGAUCUGCAAGUCGUCGGAUAUGAAAUAUUUCAGAGAUUAUUCACCGCUUAUCCAGAUUACCAGAAGCUCUUCAAAGCUUUCUCAAAUGUUCCUACCAGUGAAUUGAAGAAUAACCCACAAUACAGUAAACACGCCUUUUCGGUAGCCAACGCUUUGAAUUCGUCCAUUGAAAAUCUCGAAAAUGCCGAUAAAUUGGUCUCUAUUCUUACAUCGGUGGGCAAGAAACACGUAAAGAGGAACGUUACGGAGAGUCAUUACUCGAAUGUUCAGGUAGUGAUCUUGAAUACGAUCAAAGAAUGCCUCGGUGAUAAAUGCAACGACCAGAUAGCGAAGUCUUGGAACGAAGUUGUGUCCGUAGCUGUGUCAACAAUCAAGAAAGGAGCUGAAGAAGAAGAGGCUAAAUAUUUAUAAUAAUACAUUCUUACCUUUACCGUCGGUGUUUCGUCUGUUGUCGUAAAUGUUUUCAUAAUCUCAAAUGUACUUUGUAAGUUUUUCCUUGUAAAAAUUCGCCAAUAUAUGCGAUUGAUAUUCCAUAGCAAA